AUGCCUUCUUCAUCACACCUUCGCAUACAGACCUUGUCGGAGCCCAUCACCGCCGAGGCAGUUCGCUCCCACUUUGUCUCCUCACCACCACAAAAGAAGCAAAAAAUGUCCCUCACCCAAACCUACUACAUUGCAGCCUCGGCCCGCUCCAAGCUGGGCAAAGAGGCCUCGAGGGCUGACCACGACCUCCGCCUUCUUGUCGGCCACGCCAAUCUCCUCGACAGCCUGAUGCUCGAACUUCAAGAUGCCGAACGCCAGCAAGAGCAAUGGUUCAACCAGACCAUGGCCAAGGCCUCCAAGGCCGAGGACCGCCACAUUCAGUGGGUGGACAGCAUCGCCGAGGACGAGGACUACUCGGAUUCAGAGUCCGAGUCCGAGUCUGAGAACGAGGAUGACUUUGACAUGAUUGCUGCCAUUCCCCGCCGCAUCGCCCACCCACCCGUACAAAUAACCACCAUGGAGGUGGAUGAGGAGGACGACGACUUUUAUGACGACAUGGAGGACGACUCGGAACUUGCCCUCACUCGUGUUCCCUCGCAGCUACAAUCCCCACCAGAGCUCGUGUUUGAAGAGGAAUCCGACGACGAAUCGCCUCCCAAAUCCCCACCGACCUCGACAUUCAACCUGUCCGACAACGACGCUCUUCUCAACCCAUCCUUCUACGACGCCAAACCACAAUCCGGCUACCUCGAGCACGAUCACCCGCUGUUCAUGGACACCAAUGCUCCGCUCAUCUCAAGUUAUUAG